AUGACUUUGCGGGAUGCGCUCCUGGCAGGUCUCAACAGCCUACCAGGCACUCGUGAGUUCCAUCUUCAUGUCUUGGUCUCAUCACCCAGAAAGCACGGGAACCUUUUCCCGUUUGCAAAUCCACGACCGAGGUCGUACUUGCAGGAUAUUUUGAUUCUGCUUUCCGAACAAACCACACCAGACUCUCCCUCCGUUUUCGUCUCUGCAAUCGAAGCAUGCGUGUAUAACAUCCCAACGACAUCCUGUGCGAUAUUGUAUGUCUCGAAAGUCGACUCUACUGGACAAGCAACUGCGCCAUCUCCCACUCCAGCUCUUGUUCGCGCACUCUUGUUGUUCUACGCAGACCCUGCCACGCGUCCCAUCUCUGCUGACCAUCUGUGGAUCCACGUGUUUGCAAGAGCACAGAAUCAAUACCUAUUCCCAAACUCUUCAGAAUACCCGAAAAAACAUCCCCUGAGCGAUAUCAAACUCUGUGCUUGGUGGAAACGCCAAUUCAGCACCGUCAUAGGCGAAUUAACGUCUCGUGUGGGCGAUACCUGCCGUACGAAACUAUAUUAUACUCUACCUGGUCUCAGCGAGUUUGAAGCUCAUCACUCGCUGGAGAGGGUAUACCCAUCGACUGGUUCGACCUCCAGUUGGACAUACGGUCACCCUUAUUCCCAGGACGAAAUCCCCCUACCAUGUCCUUGUCCUUCCGGGGGCGAUUCGCCUCGCCAUCUAGGACAAUGUAUACCGUCAUUUGAUGAUGACCCUAAAUCUCGGUUUAUUGAUGAGAUUGCGUACACGACGGAUGCGGAUGGGAUAAGGUCCCCAGAGCGAAAACGCCCAAGAGCGGAUACGUUAAAGACGUACGAAGAAGACGUAUCGUCAGCCGACGCUUCAGAAAAGAAGGAAGGUCGGAGUAAAAAAGAGGACCAGACCCAUAAAGAAGUCAAGAAGGUGUCUGUGGAAGAAUUCUGGGAGCGGAUGUCGUUCCGACAGGAAUGUAUUGCAGGGGCGGUUACCGGGUUUUUCGUCAUUGCUGUCUCUGCCGCCACACCAGCUUCGACUCUCUCCAAAAGUGAAGUGUCACCGCUUGCGCCCCAACCAGGGCAGGUUUCAUCUGUGAUGAACAAACGUGUGUUGACGUCACUAUUAACUGCUCAUGAAUUUCCGUCUGUGGAAAAGGCGGUGUGGUCGACUAAAGUGAUUGAGGAUUCUAUACGAGGGUUAUGCGAUGGUCUCAAGUCGAAUCCUCUUCCACUUGCCGUACCAGACAGGUCGGGCCGACAAACACCCGAGCCAGACCCUGUUCGGACCACUCUAGCACCUCCGCAGACGCCUCCACCUCGUCUUGUCAAUGGAAAAAGGCCGAUCGUUGACAUAUCUCCCAAUCCAUUUCCAGAACCAGUUGCUUCUCUAGAAACAUACCACUCGUACAUAUUUGGUUCGAUUGCGGUCAAAAAUCGCCCAUCGCCGACGAAAGAACGCAGCGAAGCCACACUGAGCGCUGGUAACGGCACACCUCCAACAAUCACGGUGCUGACAGCGAGGAAGAAGCGGACGAAAUCAUAA